UGGUUUUUUCUAUGCAGUCCAUGCCAUAUCAAAGGUUAAUUCUUCCCAGAAUUUCAGGAGUAUUUUUUGCUUUUGUAUCAGAACCACCAAACUUUUUUUCAGGCACAUUAGAGUACCUACAACACCGCGUCCAGUGAAUGCAUUUUUUUUUGUUAAAAUCGACCACAGAUAACCUCUAUAUUCGCAGCGCCGUUAAAUAAUAAAAUGAAAGGAAUUCGCAGACUUAACCUGUGGAAUACCGUGUCCUUGCAUGUACUGGUUAGUAUAAUGUUACCAUCUCUUCUCUGAAUAUCGAAUACUGCAUACAGAUCCUUUGUUACAUGUAUGGAAUUAUGUUUUUCUCUCCCGCCUGUGGAAUACCGUGUCCUCGCAGGUAGUGGUUAGUAUAAUGUUACCAUCUCUUCUCUGAAUAUCGAAUACUGCAUAUAGAUCCUUUGUUACAUGUAUCGAAUUAUAUUUUUCUCUCCCGCAGUAGAUUUCUAUAUAAAUAUUGCAACGAAAUUUUGGACGUCAAAACAUUGGUUACAGAAAUGUUCACUCGUACUGAAGAUUACCUUAGUUAACGAAUAGGUUUUGUAUUCUACAAAUAGCAAGUGCAUUUGUGUUCCAAACAUCAAAGUUUCAAUACCUUCCUGACGUUCCUGAUCACUACGGUAUCCCAUGGAGAGUGAUUCUGAUAUUCGUGUUGGCUACCCUGUAAUCGGUUGCGUUAUAUAUUUGGUGGGCUUUAGUUGUAACCAGUUUUUAGUUACGUGUGUUUGUUCCAACUUUGGCAUCAUUGGUACGGUCUGCAAUUAAAGCCCAUGCUGUGGCUGUGGGAGCAGGGGUUCCGAGAUUCGUGAAACCGAUCAAUAAACGGGGAUGAACGUAUAGUUCCAAGGGAGAAGGAAAGUGCUCGCUGUACACUGAUCAGUUGUAUAAUGUCGGCGAUCCGGAAGAAAUUGGUUGUCGUAGGGGAUGGUGCGUGUGGAAAGACUUGUCUCCUAACAGUUUUUAGCAAAGAUAGAUUUCCGGAUUUUUAUGUUCCCACAAUAUUCGAGAGUGCUGUUGCAGAUAUAGAAGUGGAUGGAAAUCAAGUCGAAUUAGCCUUGUGGGAUACCGCCGGUCAAGAGGAUUAUGAUAGGUUACGACCGUUAUCAUAUCCUGAUACUGAUGUUAUUCUAAUGUGUUUUUCAAUAGAUUCCCCGGAUUCUUUUCGUAAUAUUCUCAAUAAGUGGACCCCGGAGGUUAGACAUUUCUGUCCUAAUGUACCCAUUAUUCUAGUCGCUAAUAAAAAGGAUUUGAGAUGUGAGCCAACCAUUAUAUCAGAACUGGGUAAAAUGAAGCAAAGUCCGAUUAAUACAGUGGAUGGUAAAGCGAUGGCAGAAAAGAUAAAUGCAUUUAGCUUCUUGGAAUGUUCUGCAAAGAAUAUGGAGGGCGUUCGUGAAGUUUUUGAAACCGCUACAAGGGCCGCCCUUCAAGUGAAUAAAAAGAAAAAGAAGGGUUGCUGUGGUUUGAUGUAAUGAAGUCAGCAUUGUGGUUUAGGAAAGGAACGAGUGGUCCCUUGGCUGCUGUUGGAUUUGGUAGCAGGAUCCUUAUUUUAUGUGUUCUGCAUUCAGUAUUGCCUCAUAUUGUGCAUAUUACAUUGCAACCUGUUUUCUUUCGCUGUGGAUACCAGAAACAUACCAAGCAUGUUGAUGAGAAAGUUAACUUCAGUUAAUCUCUGAGACAGGUUACAAGUGUGAAUGGAUUUGCAUCUCAGCAUUCCCAAUUGCCAUGUGCAAGUUGUUACAUGUGAAUCAGCGAGGUAAUACUGAAAGGAAUAGCAGCAAUGAAUAUCCAGCAUUUUUUAGAAAAUCGAAGUUGGCAGAAUUAGAAUGUUUCCAGUUGAUGUUAGACAAGCCAACAGCAUUGUUUACUGCUGAAGGAAAGAUGGGAGUUGCAAUAUGUCUUUUGGCCAUGUGCCAAAAGAUUUUUAUGCCUUUUGAGGUGGAUGUGUUUCCAUUUGGUAUUUAACCACCCAAUGUUUUGAGAUAAUAUGGAAUCUUAAUUCAAAAAUUCCAUUUCGUUUCCUGAGAGCGGCAAGAAUACUGGGACAAGUGUUCACAGCCAUGACAUUCAAGACUGUUGUGUUCAUUUGAAACAAAAAUAUUGUUACCAAUCAGUAAUUGUUGUAUUUUAAGCAUUAUAUGUUAAUAAAAAUUGUAUACUUUAAAGUAAUUCCUUCUCACUGAGCCAUGAACAUCUCUUGGUUAGAGAGAGAGGAGCAGUUAUCAUAUGUGGAGAAUUCUGACGAGGGAAAUUUGCCUCAUUUCAUGCUGACAGCAUUAUAUUCAUGUAAACUCACCAUCCCACUUAUAUGCAGUGCUUGUUCGAGUAAAAUAUUUUUGAAUAUGGAUGUUAUGAAAAUCAUGUGAGAGGGCAAUACAUACAGCUCAAGAAAAAAAGAAAUGACACUGGAUUGGUUAAAGAGAUGACAUGUUUCACUCUACUGACAAUAACACAGUUAUAUCACAUAUUGCAGUUUAUUGCGUAUGGACUGGCAGGUUGUAUCAAGGACAUUAUGAAA